CAACGUUAUUUGCGAACGGACGAUGAACCAUAUUUCCGUUCAGUCUUCAAUUUUCAUCUAAUCGAGCACGUAGCAGACAAUUGUAACGGCGCCGGUUAGAAAUUUCAGUGUAAAUUUAGAGAAGUGGUUUGCUACUGUUGUAUGCUAAUAUUAGAAAAUAACGUUAGUUAUCAGUAAAGAUUUGUGAAGUGAUUUUGGUUUUUUUUUUGGUUUUAAUUAAAUGGUAACCUGUUCCCCUCUGAUAACACUAAAUUGAUGUUAAAUGAUAAACGUGCGAUUAAUUAAAACAUUUCAGUAAUUGCGAUAAGGACGGCUUAUUGUUUUGUGCUUCAAAUACAUACUUAAUCGUUGAAUUAUUCAUCGAAGAUAAUUUUGAAGUCAUUUUUUUUACUUCUUCGCUUCUUGGUGUCGAGACAGCUCAGGAUAUUACAACUUCAAUUAUAAGAUGUCAUUGGUUCAAAUCUAACACCACCUACCGUCAUCUCAAAAGAGUCAUCAUACUGUAAUGCAGUCCACCAAUCACCAUUGGUUUAUUAUACUUUUUCAAAUCUCAUAAAUGAAUCGAUGAUAUCAACAGUAAUAUCAAGGACCAGAUCGCCGACGUAGCAUAUCCAACUAAAUAAAGAAAAAUAUCGAAAAUAUAUCCCGCAGAAAAACAGCAUAAACCGAACCGAAGUAGCAGAAAAGUAUACAACGUCGAAUCACAAAAUAGACAGAGAAUUUACCAUCAAAUUCGGAAAAAAUAAAAUAAAAUGGCAGAUUUGGAACGAAUUCGGCUCGUUAUAUUGGGCGGUGCGGGUGUUGGUAAAAGUUGCAUUGUUAAACGGUUUCUAUUUAAAACCUACAGUGACAAAUAUCGAGCAACCGUUGAGGAUUUGUACAACAGAGAAUACGAUAUAGGUGGAGUGACAUUAAAGGUAGAUAUACUAGACACAUCAGGUGAUAUGCAAUUUCCCGCAAUGCGACGAUUAUCUCUAGCAACAGCUAAUGCAUUUCUGAUUUGUUAUGCAACGACAUCGGCGCCUAGUUUUGGCUGUGUUAAACAAUGUUUCGAAGAAAUUCGUGAACAAAGGGCUGACUAUCAGGACAUACCAAUAGUAAUAGCUGGAGCUAAAUUAGAUUUAGCAUCGACACAUCGUGAAGUUAGGAUAGAAGAUGUUUCCGAAUGGCUAUUUUGUGAACUUCCGAGGAUAAGGGCAAAAGUUUUAGAAUGUUCAGCCAAAGAUAAUCAUAAUGUAACGGAAUUGUUUCAAACUUUGUUAUCCUUGUCACCGAUUUUACCCACUGGUAGUAAUGAAAAUACAACGGGAUUAAAGAGACGAUCUUCAGCUUAUGUUAGUGCCACCAGCAAAGGCGGCAGACGACCCGUUCUAGGUAAAAGUCGUGUCGGCAGUCCAUCACUCUCCACAGACAAAUCAAAUCAGUCUUUACUUGGGGCUUCCGGCAGUGACGCAUCAAAUGGAGAUAAUAAGCUGAAACCACGGUCGAGAUCACUCAUACGACGAUCGUCUCGGAAAAGUAAACAGCAAAUUCAAAAUGUGUCGGGUGAUGAAUGUAAAAUUCAGUAAAUGAAAAAUGUGUCACGACCGGAAAAUUGAUAUCAUAUUCAUGUGAAAUGAUUGGAAUGAAAAGGUGUUGUUGUGUAUGUGUGACACAUUGAUUAAAAUACAAAAAAAAUAUUAAAAAUUUGAAAUUUCUGUUUUUAAAAUAUUUUUUAUGAAAAGAAAACGUUUUAGGUAUGACCAUAAAAUGAAUGAAUUAAUAUCAAAUAAGAAUAUUAAAAAAAAUGUAAAAAUACUUACCGAUGCAAAGUGAAUUGUGAUCAUUAAAUUAGAUUUAUUAUUAAAAAUUUUAAAAAUAUUUAAAGGAAGCAAAGACAGAAUGAAGUUUAGUAUUAUGACAAUUUAUAUAACAAAUUUACCAAUUAAUUGAAGUCAUUUUAAGUCAAUAUCUUUUGAAUAAAAAAAGUAAAGAACUUCUUCCAAUAAGAAUGGAGAAAACUGAAAGAACAACAUAAAUUAACCUAAGUCGAAACAACCAGAAAAAAACAGAAGAAGAAGAAGCAAAGUCUAUUUAAGUAAUCACAGCUAUAAUUUCCAAAUUAUCUCAAUUUACUCUUUCAAUAAAACGCAAUUGUCUAUUUCCAGUUCACCAGAUAGAAUUUCGAAUAAACAAAUAAGUGUCUCACUUGAGACACGUUCUUUCAAUGCCACAUCUAUAUUCAUCCAAAAAAAAAUCGUUUGCGAUUAUAGCAAACUAAUCCAAUCAAUACCGAGCGAUUCUUUCACUUACUAAAGUGUAUAUUAUUGUCAGAAUCUCCAUUUUUGUUUCAUUCUAUCUUAGAUUAGGAACAGAAAAUAACUGUUGGUUUGCAGAUGGUGACUUAUAUGAAUGAAUUAUGAAUGGAGCUGAGUUUUUCUAAGUUCACAAACAAAAACUUGUUUAAAACUUGAAAAAUUCAAAAUAAUUUUUCAGUCAACUGAACCAAUAUAAGGUAGAUUGUAUUUCCAUUAGUCCGGAAAAUUUGGAAAAUCGAUUGCAACGAACGACUACAGUCAGAGGCAGUGAAAUUGCAACAUGAAUUUGAUUCAUCUGUUUUUCAAUACAUACAAUCAAAACUGUUUAUAUGGUUGAAGCUGCUACACGCACUUACCACGCGUAAAAGCCUAUAAGGACGCGUAGACAGUUUUCAGAAAUUUCACUGCCUGUGACUGUGUGUCGUACCUCAUCGACAGCGGUAAAAUAACUCAAUGUGGGUUACGGCUAACGUAUGUUCAAACUAAUGAAGUAAAAGAUUCGGUCUGGUGUUUUCCAUCAAACUCGGAUCAAAAGAAAUAACAGACCCGAUAGCAGUCAGUGAAAAGUUGAUCCUUUAUAUUUAUUCGUAUUUUCUUAAAUUCUUCUUCGAAAUCUUUAAGCAAACAGUGAAUAAUGCUCUGCCGGAACGACGAGAUUUACAAUAAAUUUUAAACUAUAAAAAUGAGUUUUUUCAAUGAUGCAGAACUUAUGUCCCGAAAAUUAAUUUCUCUCUACUGAUUUGGUCACAUUUUUUUCUAUAAACAAUACAGUAGGAUGACAGUGAACAUAUUCAUAAUUCUCUUUGAUUGGCUGUUAAACUUAAUGUAUUUCGCUGGCUUAAAAACAUUAUCUUUUUAUAAGAGUAUAGUAUCGAUCUAUACAUAAUAUCAACUAGGCGGCAAGCGAAAACCUAUCAAGGUACAGUGUUUGGUAGAAAAAACGUCCAUAAAGCGAAAAUGUCCAGUAAAAUAAUUUAUGAACAAAAAGUAUUUAAGCGAAAGGAAAAUGAAAAAGUUGAUGAUUUAUUCGACGAAACAUAAACGUCGAAGUCGCAGUGUAAACAAUUGAUGGUGUCGUGCUAUUUUUUUGUGAGCGCACGUUGUUUUAUUCGAUUAGUCGGAAAGGAAAUGAAUGAAACUAAAUUUUAAGGAUAAAUUAUCAAAAACCUACAACCACAAAUGACAUGUAAAUUUAGAAUAGAACAGAAAAUAGAAUUUAACUUUGAAAUCUUUUUCCCAUUUGAACUCAACUCUUUCUCUUUGUUUCCAUCAGACUCUUGGACACUGAAAAAAGACGAAAGGUUUCCUUUCAUAAUCUUUCCAAUAAAAUUUCCCUUAUUUAUAUUUAUACUGUUGCAUGAAGUGUUCGUAUUUCAGUUUAUUGCGUUGCCCCCCUUACAUAAAUAGCACAAUGAAGUUGUUAAUUCCGUUCUAAUGUUUCUGACUUUUAUAUAAUCAAUCAUCUCAUUUAAACUCUUUAAUUAAUUCAGAAAAAUUAAUUAGUUUCACUAAUUAUACGAGUUUCGAUGUUAAAGUUCUAAUUGAAACGUGUGAACAAUGUGUAAAGGAUUUUAAUUCAAAAAAGGCUACUCCAUAAAAUAGAGAAUUUCCGACAGAAGCUUUAAGGUCAACAUGAAAAAGAGGAAACUUAAAAAGCUCAUUAAAGUUGGUAUACAGAGUUCUCCUUAAACCAAACAGAUCAAUGUAAAACUGGAGCGUAUAAAGUAUAAACAGUUUGUCCGCACAAAUACGCAGAGAAAAGGUCAAUUUGAUUUUAAUACUUUCGAAUUUGUCGAAAAGUUUUACGAAGCUAUAGAGGUCCCCUUCAAAAACUUUCGACAUUGACAAAAUGACUAUUCUCCAUCAACAAAUCAUAUAACUUUAUCGAAGGAUCGAUAAACGUUUUAAUCUCAAAAUUGACGGUCAUGAAAGAAUUUUGUGUGUCAUCCAAUCAAAAAGUUAUUAAAUUGUUGAAAUACUCCACAUAAAUUCACAGAAUCAGUUGCCCCAUUUAAUACACACAACGAUUGGUGAUGGUAGUGAACGAACACUGACGGUUUUUAUUAUUAUAUCAAAAAAAAAAAUGUUGUUUAUCCAUCGUCCCUAUCUUGAUAGUAAUAAAUUAUGGUGGAAUAAGUGGCAAUUGUUCUACAUAAAUUCAUAUUAAAAGUUUAUAGAUUCUUGAAAAGGUCUUGGCAACAGAGCACACUGUGAGCAUUUUAUUAUCAGUAUACACGAGAAAUGAAUUCAAAUUUAAUGUUUCUAAUUGACGAAACGACCGAAAUUUAUUUGUUAUUGUAACAACCACAACCCAUGCACACAAGACAAAAAAACUCAACUUUUUUCAAAUUUCUCUGUGGAUUAUUAUAGAUACGAUAUGCACCGGUUAAAUUAUUAUGGCACAAACAUUAUAUCAAUAAAAUUUUGAAUUGAAAUGAAUUUAAAAGAAAAGAAAAAAAAAUCAAAUUUAUCAAUGGGAUCAAAAUCAAUGAACAAGUGGGAACUUACAGAAACUUAUAAAAAAGAAUAGAAACAGAAAAAAUUACACACAAAAAAUAGUUUGUUGUUAUGUAGGUUAAUUGAAAUAUCAUAUUGAUAUAAAUCGUUGCAAAUGUAAUUGUUAAUAUUGACAACCAACUAAAAAAAAAAGUUUAAA